AUGGUGCCCGCAGCACCACCGCCGAGCCAGCUGGCCGUGCCGCCACAGCAGGUUCCCACCACAUCACGGCGCAAAGACGCAUUCGCAGCUCUGCCAGCCCUCAUGUCGCCCGCGAGGCUCACCUCGACUCUUGGCCAAGGACCACUGUCCGCCUCGGCGUCCGCGAGCCCCAGCCCGUCGCCGACGAGCCACCAGCCUUCUCCCAGACCUACACUGUCGCUCGACGUGCGUGAUCCCCGUGCCGGCGCGACAGAGAAGCGCCUGCCGUCCCUGCCGUCUCCAGGUCGCGCGGCGAGCGUCAAGGGCUGGGCGUUGGGUGCGUACGACAACAAGCUCGUGUCCUCGACGCUCUCGCAGCUGCCCCCGCUGCCCCCGCUUUCCCCAGGCGGUAUGAGCAGCACAGGAUCAAACAUCUCGGGUUUUUCUGGCCCCAGCUUCUCAGGCAUGGGACAAGCACACCACCUCGGCACGUCACCAAACUACGGCGCGUCGAGCCUGAGCCUGAGCAGCAUGCACCCGCCUAUCCCACGGACACGCACCUCGUCCAACCCGGGCGCUGGUAUCCUCGUCUUGCCAGAUGGCACAAAGCUCGCCACCUCGGGCGACCCCUUGUCGCAGGCCCCGACCAACAUGCACCAGACAAUGGCCCACUCGUCGCCCAACUCGCCCUGGUCGCUGCUCACCGUCCACGUCCUGCCGGUGUUUGCGGGCAGUCCGCUCAAGACACCACUCGAGGACCUGAACCAGCUGUGCAACUCACACAUUAUGGCCACUAGCCAGCGCGUGCCCGCGUCCAGGCUCGUGGCAGUGUUCACCUCCGACUUGCGCGAGUUUAUUGCAUCGGGCAUGCUCACUCUCAAGGCCAAGUUUGAGACGCUGGAAGAAGCAAAGGUGGUUGCGCGGGCGGCCGAAGUGUGGAACUUCUUCUGGGGCCAGAUCCUGCCCUAUGUCGAAGGUGUGUUCCUCCCCUUUUCCCAAGUACGCGAUGUGCCCUCGACUUCUUCAGCGAGGACGGCAGCUCCGCCCAUCGUGCCCUCGACACCCAUUCCCGUCCGCCAGAUCCUUCUCUCCGGCUUUCUGCUCCACAUUCUUCUCCCCCUCCUCCCUCGCCUCAUCCCCCUCCUCUCCGACUAUCCUGGGUCCUAUGCUGCGGGCGGCCAACGCCAGCCACAGCAGCAAAGAGGCGCGACGGAGCUGCCUCGUCUUCUCCAAAUGUCCCUUGUGCUCGCCACACAGGCGCAGUACUCUGCCUUCUUCCCCGUGCGCGACCUCGCCGAGGCCGAGGCACGCGACGAGGAGACGCGCGAGCACGUCGAGGAGCUCGGGCGCGCUGUCCGCUGGAGCAUGGCCGUGGCCUCGGGCGUCGUCGACGAGUUUGGAUACACGGCCGACGAGCGGGACGUGCCUCUGGAGUAUGGCGGAGACGAGCAGACUGCGGUGGGAGACACAACCGCCGCCGCCGCCAGGCCGGGACUGAAGCGCGGGCCGUCGGUCUCGCAGGCUGGCCGGCUGCGCCCGCGCGCGAGGACCCUCAUCAACGACGAAGCCGCCAACGGCUCCAGCCAAGGCCAACCGCAAGCGCAAGGACAGACGUACAAUGCGCGCUGGGGACGCCCGCGGAUCGACGAAGACGACGAGGACGCCGAGAGCACGCUCAACACCAACGGCCAGAUGUUUGCGCGUCCCACCGGUACCCUGGGCGCAACGCUGGGUGCAGGGGGCACCAUCUCUGCGGCCACGAGCGUCGCGCCGAGUACUGUGCGCGGCGGCGAGAGCCUGGCGACCAUCACCGACCAGAGGACACCUGUGGGAGCUGCACCCGGACCCGGUGCGGGUGGGGAGUACAGGCGGCGACAUGACAGGACGUACUCGUCCGGCGAGAGCGACCUGACGACUGCGAGCAGCAUGCUCAGCUGGGGUGCGCCCAGGAAGAAGUGA